ACUCUCUCUCUCCCCUCUCUCUCUCUCUCUCUCUCUCUCUAACUCUGGUUUGAUUCAUCCUCCCUUGCCGCUCCUCUGUGUGUCUCUCUCUGUGCUUCUUCUGAGUGAUGGGUGUGAGCUCUGCGUACUCUCAUAAUUAUCACAUUACUAUAAUCCUCAUCACCAGCUUCUUCCGUCACAAGCCCUAGAUCAAUUUCAACCCAUUUCAACUCUGCUUAUUCUUCUUCUUCCAUAAAAACCUAGAAAUAUGAUCGUUUGAUUCCCCAGAAAAUUCAAAUUCAGGAAGAAAAAAAGCUAUGGAGAGUGGAAGACUCUACCACCAUAGUUCCAACAUGAACUCUUUACUCCAAAAUGAAAGACUCCCUUCUUCUUCUGAGGUUCUUGAGUCUCUCUGGCUCUCCAACUCUUCCCCUUCUUUUCAUGGUUCAUCAACAUCCGUAGUUAAAUUCGAAGAUGCUCGAGGAGGGAACACAACAGAUAGAUUGCUUUUCCCUCCAAUUGACAAGGAAGACAAUGGCAAUGAGGAUUAUGAUGUGUGCUUCCAUCAACCCGAGAAGAAGAGGCGACUCACCACGGAUCAAGUCCAGUUCCUUGAGAGGAAUUUCGAGGUGGAGAAUAAGCUCGAACCGGAGAGGAAGGUGCAGCUUGCCAGAGAACUUGGUUUGCAGCCUCGGCAAGUUGCCAUAUGGUUUCAAAACCGACGAGCCCGGUUCAAGACCAAACAGCUUGAGAAGGACUAUGAUUCUUUGAAAUCAAGCUAUGAUAAGCUCAAGGCCGACUAUGAUUCCCUCCUCGAGAACAAUGAAAGCUUGAAAAAUGAGGUUCUUUUGUUGAAAGACAAACUGCUUUUCAAAGAGAAAGACAAGACCAAUGUCGAACAAUUUGAUCCCAUUAAGCCAGUGGAAGCAGAACCUCAAAGACCAAUUCAGGACACGAAUUCUGAAAACUUAUCGAAUGUGGCAAUGGUGGCCUGCAAGCAGGAAGAUGCAAGUUCAGCGAAGAGCGAUGUUUUUGAUUCCGAGAGCCCACAUUACACCGAUGGGAACCACCGAUGUUCUUCGCUGUUAGAGCCUGCGGAUUCUUCUCAUGUUUUCGAGCCAGACCAGUCCGAUUUCUCACAAGACGAAGAAGAUGAUCUCGGGAGGAGCCUUUCGCCGCCGCCUUGCUUGCCAAAACUCGAAGAUGAUGGGUGUUACGACGACACGCCUGUGAAUUGUUACCAUCUGGUAUUCCCAGCUGAAGAUCAAGCCUCUUGGUUAUGGCCUUAUUGAGUUCUUAUCAUUUAGGGGGCGUUUUUACAUUUCUCAGUAAAGCAAUUUUAUGUGCUACUCUGCUGUAGUUGAUGUUUGAAAGCAAUAAAACAUGUUCUUUUGUGCUCUCAA